CUGAAUUAUGAGAAGAGUAUAAUCAGCUGCACCUAAUCUUGGUAAUAAUUUAAUUCAACUUUCUAGAAUUUACUAUGGAAGAUAUGUUUAAAAUUGCUACAAAAUAAACUUCUACUUUUGGAAUUGAAGGAUAUGAAGUAGCAAAAAAAUAUGCAGACCCUCUUAAACAAAUGGAAGAUCGUAAAUUUGCUACAUAAAAGAAAGGUAAACAAUUUUAGACUUGCAUUAAAAUAAAGGUUAAAAAAAUUUAGGUUACGUUACAAGAAGAGGUCAUUAUUUAGAAGAUUAAAAACGAAUUUAUGAAAAACUUCCUGCUCCAAAUAAAUAUGAUAUUGUUAAACCUUGGGUGAUUCCUCUUUAAAUUGCUAGAUCAAAGUCUGCUCCACCUAAACGGUCAGUUUCUUAUAUUUAUUUUAAUUAAUAGAUCUACAUUUAUUGAUUAAAUCUUUAAAGAAGCUAAAUUAAGAGCUGUACCAGGCUCAGGAAAAUAUAACAUAAUACAACCAUUAGAAGAUGUAUUAAAAUAAGUAGAAGAAUAAAAAAAAAAGAAAAUAGAGUUAAUAUUAUAUUAAUUUCUAGAGCUUUUGAAAGACCUACUUAUCUUAAUGAAAUUUAACAUUUAGCUAUUGUUAAUCCAGGACCUGGAAAUUAUAAUCCCAGAGUUUAUUUUAUUAUUAAUUUAUUUAGCCUAUUUCUAAAAAAUUAAAAAAAAAUGAAACAAAACCAGCUGAUUUUAUUACAAAAGAUAAAGAACUUGCUAAAAAAAGAGGAAAAUCAGCUUUACCUGAUAUUGGUUCAUAUAAUCCUGAACCCUUAAAUUUUACUACCUUCAAUAAAUUAUAAACUUAAACUAAAAGAAAAGAUAAAAUUGAUAGAAAUGUAAUUAUUAAUCUAUUCUUAUCAAGACAUUUGGAAAAGAUAUCAGAUUUAAAGAUCCAAAGAAAAGUAAAUCUAAAUAAAUUCUAUUACCUGGACCUGGAUAAUAUCCUAUGAUCGUCUAAUGGGCUGGAAAAGAAUAAGAUAAAAAUAAAACUAAAUAAAAAACUUAUAUGCAAGCUAUCACUAAAGGAUGUGAACGUUCCAUUUAUUAUUGA